AUCGUCGACUUUAUCGUGCGUUGUUCCGAAAUUUCCCUGAAAACCAAACACCAAAACCCUAACCACUGCGUCUUUGGGCGGAGAAGGGAAGGAGUUUGUUCUGAUGGAUGCAAUAAGGAAGCAGCUCGAUGUGUUGAUGGGAGCAAAUCGGAAUGGAGAUGUCAGAGAAGUCAAUCGCAAGUACUACGAUCGUGAUGUCUGUCGUCUCUUCUUAGUCGGCCUUUGUCCUCACGAACUUUUCCAACUCACUAAAAUGGACAUGGGACCAUGCCCGAAGGUGCACUCAUUUCAGCUGAGGAAAGAAUACCAAGAAGCCAAGGCAAAAGGUCAAGAUAACUAUGAUAGGGAAUUGGAGGAUGUUAUAGACAGGCUCAUUGUUGAAUGUGACAGAAAAAUUGCCAGAGCUCUUAAACGUCUUAGUGAGGAGGAUGCUAAAGCAGCUAUUGCUAUUUCUGUGUCGGAGGUUACUCAGACACCUGAGAUUCUUGAAUUGUCCAAGCAGAUAAAGGAGAAGCUGAAAGAAGCUGAUCAAUAUGACUUGGAAGGGAAAGCAGAUAUGAAGAUUCGAGCUUUGGAGAUGGUUGAAGAACUCAGAACACAAAGAGCAGACAAACAGUCGAUGCUUUUAUUGGACGCAUUCAACAAAGAUCGAGCUUCUUUACCUCAACCGCUUGCAAAUCCUCCUCCAUUGGCACCAUUGCCUUUGGCUACUCCUGAUGCUCGCACUCAGGAGUUGAUUAACGAGAAGCUGAAAAAAGCAGAAGAUCUUGGCGAGCAAGGAAUGGUGGAUGAAGCACAAAAAGCGCUCGAAGAGGCUGAAGCACUUAAAAAGCUUUCAAUGCAGUUGCCUCCUCGCCAGGAAACAGUUACAGACUCGUCUAAGUAUACUGCUGCAGAUGUGCGAGUUACUGAUCAGAAGUUACGUGUUUGUGACAUAUGUGGAGCGUUCUUAAGUGUUUAUGACAGUGACCGCCGCUUAGCGGAUCAUUUUGGAGGAAAGCUACACCUUGGCUAUAUGCAAAUUCGGGAGAAGUUAGCUGAUCUUCAGGAAGAGAGAAACAAUAAAAGGAAGCCUAUUGAAGAUGACAGAAGAUCAAAAGAACGAAGCAGGGAUCUUGAGCGGGAAGGAAGCAGAGAUCAUGAUCGAGCAAGUAGCCGUGAUCGUGUAAGGGAUCAUGAUCGUAGGAGUAGAGACCGUGAUAGGCAUCAUGAUCGCGGUCGUGGCUAUGACCGUUAUGAUCGUGAUAGAGAAAGAGAUCGAGAUCGUUCGCGUAGCUAUGAUUCAAGGAGUCGGCACAGAUCGCGAUCGCACUCAAGGGAGCGUCCCAGGGAUUAUGAUCGUCAAAGGCGCUAUGACCGAUACUAGCCAUGAAGCGGAUGAAAGAAGGUUUCUUCUUUUCUGGGAACAUUUGUUUUGUUUUUUUGGUUGAACUAGUGGGAUUUCUAAUUUGAUACUAGAAGAAACUGCUCUUGUAUUUGUUUUCUUAUCGGGAUUACCGUUUUAUGUUUGUUUUUCUAGAGCAGCUCUAUGUAUAGUAGUGUUGCAUCUUCUUCACCAUGUUCAGAGCUUUUAAGUGCAGGAUUGUGGCACCCAAAUUAUACUAUCGUCUUAUCGCUGUAAGUCUAUGCUUUUCUUGACGGAUUCUGGUUUCGUUAUGAAAUUAUUUGAACGUCAA